AUGGGAGGUACCGAUCAAUGCAUGGAUCAAAAUCUUGGAUUUUACCGCAUAGGAAUUCUCGGGAAAAAAUGGUAUUUACCUCUAGUGACACGGAUAUUUGAUGUAGCAAUGCAAAACAGACCAGGACGCAUAUCAAAAUCAAUUUGUUCGUCAGACUCUCGUAUAUCAGAUACAUUACGGUUUGACAGAACUGAUCACUUGGUACAAUAUACAGAAGAAAAAAAGAAGAAGAUGUACUUGAAAAAAUUGCAACUUAACUGUACGAACAAAGUGUUCUGUUGGGAUAACUCGGACUACACGAAAUCUUUCGACGAAGAUCAAGAGGAGAAACGGGCAUGGCGAGAUUUGCAGACGACUGGCUGGGGCAAACGUGGUUGGCAAAACUUAAAGACCACGUGGGGCAAACGGACACAGGAUUGGCAGAAUUUACACUCGUCAUGGGGCAAAAGACAGGGUUGGCAAAAGUUACAUGGCGGAUGGGGAAAGCGUGGAUGGAAGGACAUGCAGUCCGGGGGCUGGGGAAAGAGGUUUAAGGAUCAGCCUGACGGUGGUCAAUUGUCUCAGUUUGAAGAGUAUUUAGACAAAUAUGAAGACGAAAAUCCUAAUGAAGCAGAAAAACGAUCAUGGGACAAUUUUCAGGGAUCUUGGGGAAAAAGAGCAGCUGAUUGGACAAGCUUUAGAGGUUCGUGGGGGAAAAGAAAUCCAGUGGACUACAUGAACGAGUACUCAGGAUACGGAGACAACGAUAAUUAUAAAGCUUAUAUUUUUCCGCCAGGUUACAAUAGUUAUUUACCCAACUUCCAAAUGGAAUACGAAAAAUGAGACGUCAAUUCUCAAAUUUUGAAAGUAUACUACCAAGAAAAAAAUAUUAACUGUUAGCCCUAAAUUUACAAACUAUAUUAUACUUAUAUCAGAUUGUGAAA